AUACUCGUCUACAUUGUUCCCUCUGCACACAGAACAGACACAACGAAAACGCUUCACCUCUUUUGUUUUCCCAUUCCAAAAAAAAAAAAAAAUGAAUCUUCCUCUUAAAAUUUGGAGUUUUCUUUCUUGUUUUACGUUUGUAGAGUUGUGUUUCAUUCGAAACGGCUUCAGCUUAGCGAUAAGCAGAGGUGCGCCUCAGGUAAGUGGGGUCGCCGAUGUGCCUAACGGCCCGGUGGACUUGCCCCCCGAACGGAAGCUCAACUUAGGGCUGCGCAAAUACCAGUACAGUAGUCCCCCCCAGGAAGAUGCCGACAAUGAAAUACAAACAGAAAUGAACGAAGACGCGGACGAGCUGGAGGACAUCACAAACAAGGCAAAUUUCCCCUACGCGCAAUCCGAGAACGGCUAUAUAAAGCACCAGGAGAAUUAUGACAUCCCCCCGUGGCUAGCUGAAAUGAUUAGCUUGUCCAACAAAAGCAAACGCACGCUAGAAUCGCUAGGCGUUGAGAAUCUGCCCGAUGUUGACGCAUGCAGAGCUGUAACAAAUUUGAAAGAACAAAUGCUCUGCAUACUUGAUGCGCUGGAGGAUAUUAAGCGGGUCUACCAGGAUGCAAAGGACAUAACCUCCUUAACCGCGAGGGUCUUGGCGGGGGGAAGACUAGCCGUUCGGGCCCUGUCUAGGCUGAAGACCCUGGCAUCCGCGUUUGAAAAUAGGCAGCUCAUAGAGAAUCCACCUCGGACAGGUAGCGCCUGCUGGGAGGGAAUAACCUUGGGCGUUACACAGCUACACCGCUGCACCGUUGCACCGCUACCCCACUUCACCGCCACACCUUAG